CACUUGGGCCGCGCCGCCCCUAUAUGAAGCAACUGAGGGGCUGACUAUUUCCUUUUCCCUCUCCACCCUUCGCCGACGCUGAGGUGCGCGCUCUCCGCUCCGGGACACCAGCGUCCAGCCCGCCGACACCAUGAUUAUUUACAAGGAUAUUAUCACCAAUGAUGAGAUGUUCUCAGACAUCUACAAAGUUAAAGAGAGCUGCAAUGGGUUGUGUGUAGAGGUCGAUGGAAAGAUGGUCACCAGAGUUGAAGGUCAGAUCGAUGAUACUCUUAUCGGUGGCAAUGCGUCUGCAGAGGGUUUUGAUGAAGGGUCAGAUGCAACAACGGUCACUGGGGUUGACAUAGUAUUAAACCACAAACUUCAGGAAACUGGCUUCACCAAGGAGUCAUACAAAUCUUAUAUUAAGGACUAUAUGAAAGCCAUCAAAGCUAAACUUGAGGAAAGCAAUCCAGAAAGAGUAAAGCCUUUUAUGAAUGGGGCUGCAGAAAAGAUCAAACUCAUUCUUGGAAACUUUAAAAGUUAUCAGUUUUUUACAGGCGAGACAAUGAAUCCAGAAGGAAUGGUCGCUCUUCUAGAUUUCCGUGAGGAUGGAGUAACACCUUAUUUGACUUUCUUCAAGGAUGGCCUAGAACUAGAAAAAUGUUAACGGAACUUGGAUCAUCUGACAUUACAAUCUGCUGCUUCUUCAUCCAUACACCAGGAUUAAGCAAAGUCUUAAGACUCCCCUCAAACUGGACUGUUAUCAUGCAAAGUUUGUUUUGACCCUAAAUUAUUGGGGUGGAGACUAUUUUAAACUUGUCAUUUAGUCCCAAUAAAGUCAUUCUCCACUCUAA